AAAGACUCAAAGCGCCUCUUAUCUCGGUUGCACUAAAUUCUAAUCGCUACCACAUAACAUAUUCCUUUCAACCAACUAGGGCUCGAGAGCAUGACUAGUCUCGGGCCGUAGUCAGACCAAGUGUCAAUUUCAAACAACUUCUUGGUUUAGAUGUGGUACAACAAUGUGCUACUUGUCCGCCAGGGUUCAUGGGUGGGUCAGUCAUUUUGCCGUCCACCGCACGUGUCCUUGUCUUUACGACCAACUGCCAGCUGGCAAUGUCGUCUUCCUAACGUAUUCCCCAGGUAUCUGAAUUACAAUGAGGGACAUGCCCUGUCACAAGAUCCCAGGAAAAUCAUAUAUAGAUGAUACUGCCAGCGUUUGCUACAGCUGUCUAGUGACUGUUCCAGAUUUCGCCAGAAACCUCACACAGCUCCGCAAUCAUGUCUAAUAAACCUUUGACCGAAUUCUGGCCACUUGUGCCAAAGCCAUCAUCCAGGCUAGCGCGGUAUCGUGUAUUGUCUCCUCUUGCUGGCAUCCAUGUCUCUCCCUUGCAGCUCGGUGGCAUGAGCAUCGGCGACCAGUGGGAGAAGUAUGGUGUUGGUGGUAUGGACAAGUCAUCCUCUUUGAAGCUCCUCGAUGCAUUCUACGAGGCUGGAGGAAAUUUCAUCGAUACCGCUAACAGCUACUCACAGGUCUCGCAACCCGCCAGCCAAGAUCAGCGCUCGGAAGGAAUCAUUGGAGAGUGGGCAGAGCAACGGGGCAUCCGUGACCAACUCGUGAUCGCUACAAAGGCAACUUUAAACUGUUACCAACUCGGUAACGACACCAUUCGCCAGAAGGUGUCAUAUACUGGCAACAAUGUCAAGUCGAUGCACAUCAGCGUUGAGGCCAGCUUGAAGAAGCUGAGGACUUCUUACAUCGACAUUCUAUACGUACACUGGUGGGACUGGGACACUUCCGUAGAAGAGGUGAUGAACGGUCUGCAUGUGCUUGUGCAACAAGGGAAAGUGUUGUAUCUCGGUAUUUCGGACGCCCCUGCCUGGGUCGUGUCCAAAGCGAAUCAGUACGCUCGGGACCAUGGAAAGUCACCGUUUGUGAUAUACCAGGGUCUCUGGAACGUCAUGCUUCGGGACCUUGAAAGGGAUAUCCUACCAAUGGCGCGCUCCGAAGGUCUUGCGCUUGCCCCCUGGUAUGUCCUUGCUGGCGGAAAAUUUCGAACCGACGAGGAAGAGGAACGCCGCCGGCAGACGGGAGAGAAAGGCCGCAUGGGGACGAAUAAUCCCAAUUGGGAACGCAAUGAGAAUGAGAAGAAAAUGAGCGCAGCGCUAGAGAGGGUCGCGAGAGAAGUUAAUGCGACGCACAUCACAGCAGUGGCCAUUGCAUAUAUUAUGCAGAAGGCGCCCUAUGUGUUCCCGAUUAUCGGUGGGCGAAAAGUGGAGCAAUUGAAGGCAAAUCUGGAGUCUCUGGAGAUUCGGCUCUCACCUGGGCAGGUAAAGCAUUUGGAGAGCACCUUUCCUUUCGAUCACGGCUUCCCUUACACCAUGAUUGGUGAUGGCACGCAAUAUAAUCGUAUGUUGCAGCACGUUGCGUAUCUAGAAAAGCAACCGCUGGCACAGCCUAUUGUUCCAGGUAUUGAUUAGUUUGGUACAUCCUGUGUUUUGUGUGCAUUUCAAGGCGCAUUCCUGGGCAGGCUGUCCUGUAUUAUAUUCAAUUGAUUCGCCGCAAUUGCAGUCGGACGACAGUCUGGCCCUCCUACACACAACUAAGAAAUAUAACAUUGGGCAGGCACUGAUCACGGUCAAUGAUAUUGUGUUCAAUUGGCUGGCUCAGAAUAUUCAUGACAUUCGUCCCUUCUUGACCGUAAGGCCGACAUGGCCAUGGACAAGCUGCCUGUGCUGAAUUCAUGAAACAGUAAUCUUUGAGUUUUGAAAGUGAUGGGAGUGUAGAG